UCUGCCCAGCGCGCUCCGCUGGUGCCUCCCUCGCUGUAUUGUUGAGCAGGAAACCGGGCUGCGCGGGAGCUGGGCGGUGGAGGAGGGAGCGCGGACGCCGAAACCACAGGCGCCUGCCGGGACGAGUGGAGGCGAAGCCACCCCUGCUCCCCGAGGUUUCCCGACCCAGCCCUCAGAAGCCCCGCCCAACGAGAUGGGGGCCUAACCUGCAUCCCUUGCUGGCUGCGAAGGUCUAUCUAGCCCAUGGGCCCUCAGAGACCUGCCCUGCCAAGGGAGACCCCGCGGCCGCGAUGGCGGCGGACGUCGAGGGGGACAUGUACGUGCUGGUGGAGCAUCCCUUCGAGUACACCGGCAAGGACGGGCGGCGCGUCGCCAUCCAGCCCAACGAGCGCUACCGCUACCGGCUGCUGCGCCGGAGCACGGAGCACUGGUGGCACGUCCGGCGCGAGCCCGGCGGCCGCCCCUUCCACCUGCCGGCGCAGUACGUGCGCGAGCUGCCGGCGCUCGGGGACCCCGCCCGGGCCCCGCCCCCCGAACCGCUCGCCUACGACUACCGCUUCGUGAGCGCGCCGGCGCCCGCGGGCCCCGACGGCACGCCCGCCAAGCCCCGGGGCCGCGUGAGCUCCCUGUGCGGCCCCGCGCCGCGCGGCGCCUCGACCCAGCACGGCAGCCCGGGGCCCCGCCUGCCCACCUGCCUGUGCACGCGGCCCGCGGCGCCCGUGCGGCCCGCGCAGUCCCUGGACGACCUGGCGCGCGCCGCCGCCGCGCCCCCUGCCGGCCUCCUGGGAAGCGCGGGCAGCUUCAAGGCCUGCAGCGUGGCGGGCUCCUGGGUGUGCCCGCGCCCCCUGGCGCGCCGCGACUCGGAGAACGUCUACGAGGCCGUCCUGGACGUGCGCGGCCCGGCGCGGGAGGAGCGCCCGCAGCAGGUGGUCGACCCCCCGGAGCCCGUGUACGGGAACGUAGAGAGGCAGCCCCUGCCCACUUCACCUGGCACCGCCUCGGUCCCCCGCCCCCCCGCAUGGGAGAAGCACCUGGACGCGGGCAGCGGGCGCCCCUACGAUUACAACCCAGACACGGGCGUGACCACCUGGGAGUCGCCCUUCGAGGCCUCUGAGGGCGGCCAGCCCACCACCUCUCCGGCCUCGGUGGGCAGCCGCGAGAGCCUCGAGACAGACUGGGGCCAGUACUGGGAUGAGGAGAGCCGCAGGGUGUUCUUCUACAACCCGCUGACGGGCGAGGCCGUCUGGGAGGACGAGCCCGAGGACGAGCUGGAGGACAUGCAGCCAGGCCUGAGCCCACUGGACCCCGGCUCCUUGCAGCCCCCUACCCCUGAAACGGACUACCCCGAGUCGCUGACCAGUUACCCCGAGGAGGACUAUUCCCCCGUGGGCUCUUUGAGUGACCCUCGGCCCACCUCUCCGUUGGCCGCGCCCCCCGGCUGGUCUUGCCACGUGAGCCCCGAGGGCCAAACACUCUACACCAACCACUACACCCAAGAGCAGUGGGUGCGGUUGGAGGACCAACAUGGGCACCCCUACUUCUACAACCCAGAAGACACCUCAGUUCAGUGGGAGCUGCCCCAGGUAACCAUUCCUGUCCCUGCCCCUCGAAGUUCCUGCAAAUCCAACCAGGACAGUGAGACCCCAGCCCAGGCCAGCCCCCCUGAGGAGAAGAUCAAGACUCUGCACAAGGCCGGUGUGCUUCAUCGCACCAAGACGGUGGACAAGGCGAAGCGGCUCCGGAAGAAGCACUGGAGUGCCUCCUGGAUGGUGCUGGAGGGUGGCGUCCUGACAUUCUUCAAGGACUCGAAGGCCUCAGCUGCAGGCGCCCUGAGGCAGCCUCCCAAGCUCUGUACCCCUGAGUACACAGUGGAGUUGAGGGGAGCCUCUCUCUCCUGGGCCCCCAACGAGAAAUCUAGCAGGAAGAAUGUGCUGGAGGAGGGCUUUUUCUGGAGAAGGCGGCCACUUUGGCAUCGGGACAUGUACAGACCUCUCAAUGCCACACGGAAGAAAAACAUGGCACAGAAGCUACAGGAAAGGGAUUCUUCUGAUGAGGAUGAGGUUUUCAACAAGGGACCAGGAGAGAAAGGUGAUGCCCCAGCAGAGAAGCCUCAGGCUGCAGAUUCAGCUGCUGAACACCUGGGUGAGGAGAGCAACAGUGAACUCCACACUGUCAUCGUCCUCAAGUGACCUUGUCCUGCCUCAGGCUGUCUAUAAAGCUUAUUUUCAUUUUCUUUUUAUUAAUAAAUUAUUUGUUAUUGGUGUUCAGUUUGCCAACAUAUAGAAUAACACCCAGUGCUCAUCCCAUCAAGUGCCCCCAUCAGUGCCCAUCACCCAGUCGCCCCCACACCUCGGCCCCCUCCGCUUCCACCACCCCUAGUUCAUUUCCCAGAGUUAGGAGUCUCUUAUGUUCUGUCUCCCUUUCUGAUAUUUCCCACUCAUUUUUCUCCUUUCCCCUUAUUUCCCUUUCACUAUUUUUUAUAUUCCCCAAAUGAAUGAGAACAUAUAAUGUUUGUCCUUCUCCGAUUGACUUAUUUCACUCAGCAUAAUAUCCUCCAGUUCCAUCCACAUCGAAGCAAAUCGUGGGUAUUUGUCGUUUCUAAUGGCUGAGUAAUAUUCCAUUGUAUACAUAGACCACAUCUUCUUUAUCCAUUCAUCUUUCGAUGGACAUGGACACCGAGGCUCCUUCCGCACUUUGGCUAUUGUGGACAUUGAUGCUAGAAACAUCGUGGUGCAGGUGUCCUGAUGUUUCAUUGCAUCUGUAUCUUUGGGGUAAAUCCCCAGCAGUGCAAUUGCUGGUUCGUAGGGCGAUCGAUUUUUAACUCUUUGAGGAUCCAGAGUGGCUGUACUGAGAAAACAUAGUCCCCAUUCAAAAGGGCUGCCAGAGGAAACGGUGCCCAUUGGGAAACAGAGGUUCCAAAAAUGUGGCCUUGUGGGGAUACCUUGGUGGCUCAGUGGUUGAGCGCCUGCCUUCGUCCCAAGGCAUGAUCCUGGAGUCCUGGGAUCGAGUCUCG